UCUUGCUUGAACAGCAUGUCAGUGCUUUAUGGUGAUAUCAUGGGAGAAAACGACGACACCAACAGUGACUUAAGCGACCAAGGAAGAUUUCUCACCAAAGGGGCAUUUCUUUUGACACCGUCGCAUGACCUGAGUCUAGACAAGGCGGCCAACAUCUGCGACAAACUGAACUUCCGAGGAAGUUUCAGCCUGACGAAAACUGCCACCGGGAUAUUGUUCAAGUUCUCCGAGCCGGAGGACUACCAGCAGGUCUUCCGGAAGGGAUUCCAUAAGGUAACCGGUGGAAGAUUAUACAGAAAAGUGGCGAUCCCUUGUAGACCUCAGAAAACGUUCUCCCUGUUGGUCCACGAAAUACCUGUGGACCUACCAGAGGAUGACAUUAGAGCCAGUUUGUACAGAUACAGCUCCAUCGUUGAGGUGAGCCGUGUGUCCGUGAAAGUUGACCAAUCACCGGGAACACCGAACCCGGUGCGCAUAACUUUGGCAUCCCUGGAGGAGUACAACAAUCUUCUUCAGCAAGGACUCGACUUCUACGGCGCCACCUAUUUCCCAACAGAACCAUUCAAGAAGGAGAUGCUCAGACAGAGCAAGGAGCAGCUGCUGCCCGUCUUCGAUGCGGCCGGAUUCACCAGACUGCCGCCACCGGCGAGCCGGACCCUCAAACCCCGAUCGAAUUAGAAGCGAAGCAACACAUCUUCCACCGAGCCCCGAUUUUAAAUCAAUCUAACGCGCGCACCGCACAGAAGAUGCACAGAAGAAGCGAAAUCGAUAUUUGCACAUUAACCGUGCACCGAUAUACAUACAACAUGACUUAGUUUUGAAUUUCUUUUGUUUAUUUUACACACACCACUAGAUUUGCAUAUUAUUUUUUUCAAAUAAAAAAAAAUCAAACCCUUUGAAAAUUU